AUGGGUGAAGAAUUCGCUAAUGGAAUCAAUGCUAGAUUUUUUGAAACUAGUGCAAAAGACGAUAUUAAUGUAAAUGAGGUGUUUAAACAUAUGCUUUGCGAGAUAAAAAAAUUUGUAGAUUGAAUUGGAGAUAAUGCAGGAAUUAUAAUAAAGCAAUCAAAAGUAAAAGGAACAAAAAACUUUAUGCAUUUAAUUGAUAAAAGGCAAUAA